GGCAGGCACCCAGCAACUAACGAGCACCACCGUCUAAUCCGCGUCUCCGUCUCCGUCCCCAUCCCCAAUUCCCCAUCCCCAUCCAUCUGGCCACAUCCCAAACCCAAAGACGUCGUCCGCCGCGCUGUGCGCCUAGCCGUCAAUGUGGACGCCUGCGGGCGGCCUAAUUCUUCUUCCCGUCCUUCGUUCUUCCCCCUCGCCCUUCAGGCAGCAGGCCUCACACUCCAGAGUAGUAGCAAGCAACAGCAACGCCGAGCCUGCAUACUACACGCAUACAUAGGUAGAUCCGAUCCCGCUCUACUGACCUAUAGUGGCGGCGGUGGCGUUUGCGCUGGGCAACAGUGCAUGCCUCUCUUCUCUGGGCCAGCUCCCAGCUAUCUCCAGCGGCUGUCAUCGCAGCAGAACCUAGCUAGCUAGUCAGAUAGGUAGCGCAGCCAGUGCCCAGUGGAGGAGGGAGGGAAGAAGCAGGUGGCGCGCGGGACCAAGGGAGGAGCGAGAGCGAGCGAGCAAGAAAUACCAGAGGAAGCAAGUGGUAGGUAGGUAGGUAGUGCCUAUAUGGACCAGUUCGCCGCGAGCGGGAGGUUCUCUAGAGAGGAGGAGGCGGACGAGGAGCAGGAGGAUGCGUCCAAUUCCAUGCGCGAGAUCUCCUUCAUGCCGCCGGCUGCGGCCUCGUCAUCUUCGGCGGCUGCUUCCGCGUCCGCGUCCGCCUCCACCAGCGCAUCCGCGUGUGCAUCGGGAAGCAGCAGCGCCCCCUUCCGCUCCGCCUCCGCGUCGGGGGAUGCCGCCGGAGCGUCGGGGAGCGGCGGCCCAGCGGACGCGGACGCGGAGGCGGAGGCGGUGGAGAAGGAGCACAUGUUCGACAAGGUGGUCACGCCGAGCGACGUGGGGAAGCUCAACCGGCUGGUGAUCCCGAAGCAGUACGCGGAGAAGUACUUCCCGCUGGACGCGGCGGCCAACGAGAAGGGCCUCCUCCUCAGCUUCGAGGACAGCGCCGGCAAGCACUGGCGCUUCCGCUACUCCUACUGGAACAGCAGCCAGAGCUACGUCAUGACCAAGGGCUGGAGCCGCUUCGUCAAGGAGAAGCGCCUCGUCGCCGGGGACACCGUCUCCUUCUCCCGCGCCGCCGCCGAGGACGCGCGCCACCGCCUCUUCAUCGACUGGAAGCGCCGGGUCGACACCCGCGGCCCGCUUCGUUUCUCCGGCCUCGCGCUGCCGAUGCCGCUGCCGUCGUCGCACUACGGCGGGCCCCACCACUACAGCCCGUGGGGCUUCGGCGGCGGCGGCGGCGGCGGCGGCGGAUUCUUCAUGCCGCCCUCGCCGCCCGCCACGCUCUACGAGCACCGCCUCAGACAGGGCCUCGACUUCCGCAGCAUGACGACGACCUACCCCGCGCCGACCGUGGGGAGGCAGCUCCUGUUUUUCGGCUCGGCCAGGAUGCCUCCUCAUCACGCGCCGCCGCCCCAGCCGCGCCCGUUCUCGCUGCCGCUGCAUCACUACACGGUGCAACCGAGCGCCGCCGGCGUCACCGCCGCGUCACGGCCGGUCCUUCUUGACUCGGUGCCGGUCAUCGAGAGCCCGACGACCGCCGCGAAGCGCGUGCGGCUGUUCGGCGUCAACCUGGACAACAACCCAGAUGGCGGCGGCGAGGCUAGCCAUCAGGGCGAUGCAUUGUCAUUGCAGAUGCCCGGGUGGCAGCAAAGGACUCCAACUCUAAGGCUACUAGAAUUGCCUCGCCAUGGCGGGGAGUCCUCCGCGGCGUCGUCUCCGUCGUCGUCGUCUUCCUCCAAGAGGGAGGCGCGUUCAGCUUUGGAUCUCGAUCUGUGACCUAAAGGCAAAAAUCAAAGGAAAGUUCAACGAUUCUUUCUUUCUGCUUGUUUCGGUUCUUCUCAUAUUUU